CAUAUCGAUGCAGCUGGGAGCCAUGAAGGGCUCGGUGGAGAUGCAUUAGGUAUCCCCCAGUCUCCCGAGUAAAGGAUUUCAACAUGCAACAUACCGAGGACAUCCGUAUUGCCGAGGAAGGAGACUUGUUGAAACGCGUAGAGACACUCGUAUUCUCCUAUCUGCAAAGGAUAUAAAAGAGCGCUCUUACGUUCUAUCCUAUCGUCACUCGAGAGUAUUUGUUCGUCGUCCUCGAUUAUUUGGAUCGACGUUCACAACUUGAAUCACUCCUGUCCAAAUCCCGAUCUACACUCAACGCACCUCCUAUCCUAAUCUCUUUUACGAUUCUUCGACCCUUGAUUCUGCCAACGUAUACUGUAAACCCACAACCCCACACCACCUCGAACGCACGAUGCGCUUCGGCGGCUUCUUCAUCCCCAUGCCCGUCGUCGUCGAAUGGGGCAUCGAGCAGCCCGAACUCGCCAAAGUCCUGCCCAGGCUCUUCGUCCACCCCGCGUGGACCGACGAGGUACUCAUUUGCACGAACAAGCACGCGCUCAACUACGCGUGCGGCACGACGCUCCUCCGGCGCCUUAAAACAGAGUACACGCGCGUGCGCGCCGGCUUCGGCGCGACGCACGUCCGGUGCCACAUCCACACCCACACCCACGCCCAUAAUCGCGGGGAAGACCGCGACGGCUGCGGCGGCGGGGGGCGGUUCUCCGACGCGGACGGGCUGUUCAUCGCCACGCACACGACGCGGUUCUCCGAUCGGAAGUUUGGCAAGAUCGGGAGGGACGUCGCGCGGAUGAAGCAGUUCGCGAUGGGCGAGCGGGACGAGGCGAUCGCGGGGCUGAUCGAGCGGGAGUUCCCCGGGUUCAAGGCCGAGUUCGUGACGACGUUUGUGCCGGAUACUGUUGGGCGGGCGUGGUAGCGGCGGCGGCUUAUGACAUGCAGCGGUCUCUGCGGAGGGAGGCCGACGGUCGUGACAUUAUAUCCUAGAGUUUGACGUUACCGAUGAUACACAAGGG